AAAUGUGGCUGGCAGAGUCUGAUAGGAGCUCCUGAUGAUGCUGCACAGGAGGCGCUAAUCAAAGACACAAGUGUGUGUAAAUAACCCAAAGCUUUUAAGCUUUUAUAAGAAGUAAAGAAGGAAACCACUGCCUCACCUUGACAGCAUACUGAAACUUAUGUAAGGCGUACAGUAGCUCGGCAAAACGUACUUAACCUGCUAAUCUAUUGCUUAAACUCGCUCCACUUAAUGAUUGCGUUUUGGUGGUUUGCCAGCACUCCUCUUGGAUAUUUGAACUUUGUUGUACAGAGCGAUGCGUGUUCAGAGCUGGAUCAAAUGUCUGUGCAUCACAGAAAAUCCGAGUCUCUCCUGGUCCUGGAGGCAACUUAUAAAAGUGUGAUGUAAAAAAAAAAAUAUAAAUCCAGACUGAAAGUCUAUUCUCAGUAGAGGCCAAGUAGUUAAGAGAAGCAGGCUUAGGGAGGUUAGGGUCACUGCUUUCAAUCACUGGACUCAGAGAAAGAAAAUGUGUGUGGGUGGAGUGAAUGAGACGGCUGGAGUGCCCUCGAGCAAGGCACCCAACUCCUACAACUUCCUCCGAGGCGCUGCAUGUGGCUGCCCACUACUGCGAGUGUUUGAACAGAUGGGUAAAGGGCAAACAAAUAAAUAAAUAAUGACUCGAAGUGUCGAGAAACUUUGGAAAUGAAAUAUAUGUGCAUAUCAAUGAAACAGAGCACGGCAUGUAGUAUGUGGAUAUUUUUAACGGUCUUAUCUCUCAUUCUUUACUCGCCAAUUCAACACAAGUGGGCUGUUGCACCCAUUAUCAAACGCAUGUGUGACAUCUGUCCGCAAGACGCCGCUCCGCGCAAAUCAGCGACGGGUGGUAGAAUUUCACACUGUCAUUAUUCAGUGACCGAGCUUCUGCCACAAAUAACUCCCAGGGGAAACAACUUACAUCACGGGAGAGGAAUGUAAACCGAGCUUCAUGACAUCGCCGACCGCCAAGCGGUUGUUGUUCUGCUUUCCCACCAUUAUGGUUCGACUUUAAAUCGUGCACCCCCCUUGGUAAAAAAAAAAGCAGCAAAAUGGUUUCUAGGAGUCACGAUGAUAUAAAGGACAAUAUGCGAGACGAGAGGAGGAAGAGGCGGGAGUCCAGACGCACAAGAGAGCGCCUGUCCUGCGAUGACUUGCUGUUUCUGCUCAGCAUUCUGGAGGGUGAACUACAGGCCAGAGAUGAGGUAAUUGCGGUUUUGAAAUCAGAGAAGACGGAUUCGGGUCCGGUGGGGGCUCACUACGGCUUCGGCGGACGUGAGGUGGCGCUUCGUGCCUUGCGGAGAGACUCCCUCCGGGCCCAGCAGGACCACUUGCAGGAUGUGUACGAAAAACCAAACGCUGAGCUCAGUCACUUGCUGGAGGUCCAGAAGCGCUCUUCCAAACGGAUGAUGGAGCAGCUUCAGGAGGUGUCCCACUCCCACAAUGAGGCCCUGCACAGGCUGGAGGAGCAGGAGAAGAGCCACAGGGCUUUCAUCCGCGAGAGCAACGGCCUCGGCGCUACGCUGGAGCGGGACAGAGAGAGACUCAAGCUCCUGCUCGUAAAGGAGAGAGAAUAUUAUGAAAUAAAGGAGGGAAAAAGCGAAAGAGAAGUAUCAAUCCUGAAAGGGGAGCUGUCCAAGCUGAAGGCCUUCGCGGCGCUGGUUGUGAAGGAGCAGCAGCGUUUGAGCAAUAUCCUGGAGGGGCAGAGACUUCGUAUCAAGGAACUGACCGCUACCGCUGACCACAUCCAGCAGGAGGUCUGGGCUCAGAGGCCCGGCGCAAAGGUGGAGCAGGAGCUCAAACCCCUGCACCUCAGGGUGGAGCAGCACAGUCGAGUUUCCGUCUUCCACCAGAGCCAGAACAUCAUGUCCGCCCCGAGCCUGCUGUCGGAGGUGGAAGUGCUGAGGAGACGGGUGGUGGAGAUGGAAGGGAAGGACGAGGAGCUGAUACGCAUGGCGGACCAGUGUCGAGACCUUGACCGCCGGCUGGCUAAGGAGACGAGCCACUGCCGUAGCCUGAAGGUCGAGGUGGACAAGCUCAACUGCAGAAUCAGCGAGUUGGACAGGAUAGAGGAGGCUUUAGGCAAGAGCAAACAGGACUGCAGCGUCCUGAAGAGCAGCUUGGAGAGAGAACGAGAGGUUAGCACGAUGCUGUCCGGAGAGCUGGACGCGCUAAGAGCCAGGGUGAGAGAGCUGGAGGCCGCGGAAAAUCGACUGGAAAAGAGCGAAAUGAUGAUCAGGCAGGACCUGGGGAAGCUCAGGUCACUGACUGUGGCUUUGGUGGACGACAGAAAGAGCAUGGGCGAGAAGCUCCGGCAGGCGGAGGAAAAACUCAGCAGGAAGGAGAACAAAAGAAGUGAGCAGGAUAAUUUGGCAACGAUGACAGAGAUACUGAGGGAGGAGAGGCAGCAGACGCUGAGGUCUAAGGCAGAGUUAGAGGAACAGGUUAAGGACAUAGUGAGGGAAAGGGACGAGCUCAAGGACAGGCUGAAAACAGAAGAGGGGAGGAACAGAGAGCUACACAGUAAAAUAACAAUAAUGAAGAAAAAGUUACAGGUCCUGGAAAACAAGAAAGAAAAAGAAGACAAGUACACAUACAACUCCGUUUCAAAUAAAGCGACUCACGCUUUCCAAACGGAGGACAACAAAGUUAAAGAACUCACCCAGGAGCUAGAUAAACUGCAAAAGAGACUCCAGGACAAGGAGGCGCUGGAGGGAGAGUUGAUGAAAGUGGAAGAGGACUUUGAGUCCCUGGAAAGGAGGUUCAAGGAUGAGCAGAGGAGGUCCAGACUCCUACAGGAGGAGCUCGAGGUGGCGCAGAGGGAGCUGUCCAGGUACGAGCAGGCAGAGAAGCAAGAGGUCAACCAGGAGCACCUCCUACUUUGCCGUCUUCAGAAGGAACAGGUCAAGUCCAGGCUCUUGACCAGGGAAGUGGAGACCCUGAAGGAAAAACUCCAGAAGCUGAUGGGGACAGAGGAAUCUAUCUGCAGGGUCCAGUCGGAUCAAUCCACACUGCAGAGAAACCUGACCCAGCAGGAGGCCAAGAACAAAGAUCUGGCCAAGGAGAUAAAAGAACUGACCGGUGAGCUGGACAGGUACAAGCAAAUCAAGAAUGUGACAACCGGCGCCAACAAAUAUUUUUCAAACCAUCUUCAGACCACCAAAGAGGUUCAAACUGAACCCGUAGAGAGCGUGCUACCCGACUACAGUGGACACAGCGAGAGACGAGAUGAAGACGGUGACAAGGACCUGAACCACAACCCCGAAGCCAUAAACAGACGAAGCGCUCUGGUCAACAGCUUGAACAGCGCAAACAACAACGUGAGCCAGUACAGCGGCCACUCGGGCGUUGACAUGCAUCAAACGGUAAACGGGGAUGUGAUGAUGCUGACGCACCCACCAGGGCAGCCCUUGCACAUCAAAGUAACGCCACAUCACAUACUCAACACGGCCACACUGGAGAUCAGCAGCCCCACCGGAGACGCAGCCACCUCCUACACCAGCACAGCCGUCAUCCCAACAAGCGGAGCGUCGCCCAAGCAAAGGAUAACCAUCAUCCAGAACUCCGGCCCGUCCGCCCCCAGCACCAAGAGUCCCUCGUCAAGCCCCGACCGCACCAUCUCCCCAAUAAACGGGACACCCACCUCUCGGGUUUUAAGUCCGAGUUCGUCGCGCUCCGUCACGCCCGACCACACCAGCUCCCCCAUUCAGAUCGUGACGGUCAGGACCUGCUCUCCAGAGCCGGCGGACGCCGCAAACCAAGACGUCUUCUGCAAGACUCCGGAGAGGCAAAGCAGCUGGCAACAUCAGAAGUCCAACAGCACCAACGCAAGUCCGAGCAUAAUCACGACAGAAGACAAUAAGAUCCACAUCCAUCUGGGGAGCCCGUACAUCCAGUCUCUGAACGGCGUGACCAACGGCGCCCCACAGCCCGUCGGGCCGUACUAUCUUCGGCACGAACAAAGGACUCAAGUACUUGCAAAUGGGUGUCACGUGAAAGGUGUUGGAAAGAUUACGAGUAGCAUCACCAUAUCGCCAGCUAACUCUCGAGGAUCGCACUCCUCAAAUUUUACAGCGGGGCUGGCAGAGAGCCGACAUAACGAGCAUAUGAUGACAAAUGCGGAGGAGCAUUAACUACCCUGACAUCACCGGUUGGCGAGGUGGGAUGAGGCAACCGGUGACAGGCUGGGGCUUGACGGAAGUCCUCACGAGAAUCAGUGUAAGCACUCGGCCGCGACACACACAUCUCCACAGGAGUUAUACUUGUUCUUUGCAAAUCUCUGCUACAUUCUUAAGACUUCAAAGUCAAUCCCAUGCUCUAUCUAACAGGCUUCAGCUCCCCUUUUCUGCCAUGUCAAUUUUCUGUCAGCCUCUGCUGACUUUUUCUGUCGAGCCGUUCCACGAUACAAACGCGAUGUAAGAUGAGGUGUCAGUGAGGGUAAUGGGGCCAACCUACAAAAAAAUCAGCUGCACAAAUCCUUCGAUGUAAAAAGUGCAGUUUUUUUUUUUUUCACGAGUAAUCACAUAAAGGUAUUAAUCUGGAAUGUGCUGAAAAUGCAUUUCCUCUGCAAUUCUUCUAAGAUGGGCCAACUUGUCAGCAAUAAAGUAUUUGCUGCUGUAUGUGCCGUGGUGCAGCUAAAGCAAGUCACGUUAAGCCUUGUAAUGGAAGUCAUGUUUGUGGAAUACAAACUCUUCACAAAAUAAAUCUGGAAUAGUAAAAGUCGAUCGGGCAAUCCCCUC